CGGUCACGCCACAGCGACGGGAGUUGCAACCAAACGUGCCUCGACGGCACCCACGGCCAGCAGAGAAACUACCUCAGCAACAGCAGCGCCAAGACCAGUGGUGAUCAAAAAAAGGAUUUACAAGCUCGCGCUACAGCGGUAGACACUCGCAAUCACAGUCGCAAUCGCAGUCGCAACCGCAGCCGCAAUCGCAGUCGCAAUCACAUCACUGGGGUUGAACCAUGGACAGACCACAAAAGACUUACCAACGAAGAGUCACCUUCAAACUUCCCGCGGAAACUCACUCGGGGGGGAGUGGUUGUGGCGGCACGAUUAGCUCGGUCACGCCACAGCGACGGGAGUUGCAACCAAACGUGCCUCGACGGCACCCACGGCCAGCAGAGAAACUACCUCAGCAACAGCAGCGCCAAGACCAUUGGUGGUCAAAAAAAGGAUUUACAAGCUCGCGCAACAGCGGUAGACGCGUAUAAGUCUAAUUACCAAAACAAUUAUCUAAGUAAUCUAAGUACACUUGUUAGAUCUCGUUAA